GUGAAACUCAAAAACAUGACUCUGUGCCUCGCCACUCUCCUCACACAAAACCACUCUCAGUGCCUUAUUCUCAAUGAGAAGUGAGAACCGCACACCAAUCUUUUCCUUCUUCUGCUUCUCGAUUUCGCUCUCGCUCUCGCUCUCGCACUCGCUCUCACUCUCCAUCAUUCCAGACAAGGUUGUGCUGAUUUUGAUUGAACUCAAUCGCGCUCUAGUAAUCAGCAGGUCUCACAAUAGUCACCGUCGCUCUGGAUCUGGUUCCCAUAACAAAACACGGGUUUCUGAUAAUGAAAGUUCUGAUAGCAAUAAUGGCUUGACCACAGGGGCUAUUAUAGGCAUUAUUAUAGGUUCAAUAUUGGUGGCUGUUAUUUUGAUACUUGCUCUUUUCUUCUGUGUCCGAAAGCAAAAAGGGAAGGAAAAGGUUACAAAAACUUCUAGUGGGAGCCUUCCUCAUGGAACUACUAAUAAGGAAGGGAGCUGGUUCCACAUCAGAAAAACCUCGUUGAUUUUGUAUUCAACCAACCUCAAAAUCACCUCAAGAUUACAUAUAUUAUGUGUGAUGUUGGUAAGUUUUGUGGUGUGGAGUCAGUUUGUUUGUUUGUAUGGUGGAACCUCCAAAGGGCCACAAAUCUCAUCACUGAAAUCUGGCAUCGACAUUGUCAUUGGAACUCCUGGUUGUAUACAGGAUUUGAUUGAAAUGGGUGUCUGCAGCCUAAAAGAUGUAUCUUUUGUGGUGCUUGAUGAAGCAGAUCGGAUGCUUGACAUGAGUUUCGAACAAGUAGUCCGCUCUAUGCUUGAUCGGAUGCACUAGAUCUAGAGUUUCAAAAUUUGCUUCAACGAGUUGUGUAAUUGUAUUUUAUUACCACAAUUUGUUCCUGGCUUAUUUAUUUUAUUGAAAGAAUUCUAAUAAUUUGCAGUUUGCCAAAUGGUGAUGUUUAGCGCUACUUGGCCCUUACUAGUUCAUCAGUUAGCACAGGAGUUUAUGGAUCUCAACCCUAUAAAAGUUGUUGUAGGUUCAGAAGACUUAGAUGCGAAUCAUGAUGUCAUGCAGAUAGUUGAGGUCUUGGAUGACCGUGCGCAUGAUAAGCGACUAGUUGCUUUACUGGAAAAAUACCACAAAUCUCAGAGGUCUCUCUCCAUGAUAAUUAAUCCUUAAAACUAGAGAUAUCUUCCCAGGAAGCAAUGAAUAGUUAAUAGAUUGGAUCAAGUUGUUGGUAUCCUUAAUUCCUAACAUUUUCCAGUGUUCAUUUGGUUUUCAAUGAACAUAUACAUGUAUUUUUGUAGCCUAAAAAGGACGAGUUAUCAUGAAGCAUAUUGAUAGUUGAUAUCUUCAGACUUAACUAUUUUGUUCUACAUGUUGAUAAGAGUGUGUAUCUUUUAUCAGGAAUCGAGUAUUGAUCUUUGUUUUGUACAAAAUAGAAACCACACGAGUUGAAAGGAUGCUUCAACAAGGGUAUGCUCUGUGUGUGUACACAUGUAGUGUUUGUUGCUGACAUUAGCUACUUGUGACAUGAUAAAUUCUUUUCAGAGGUUGGAAGGUUGUGUCCAUACAGGGAGACAAAGCACAACAUGAUCGUACAAAGGCACUUUCAUUAUUCAAGAAUGGGAGCUGCCCCUUAAUGGGGCUAGUAAGUUGUUCAAGAAGAAUGGGAUGAUAGCACUGUGAGUAGCUGUGAGUUGCGGUUCGAACAAAGUGCCACUUCAUUUUGAUAACUAUUCAGUAAAUUCAAGAGAAGAAAAUUGUAGCAUCAAAUAAGCAAGAGCAAAGACCAACUUUAAAGCUAGGAGAACCGUGUCAUUGGUGUCAAGGCAAAAAUAGUGCCAAGUUAUCAAUUUUUUGAAGAGCAGCCAAAGGUUUAUGGUUUUGAAUUUUUUAGUAUAUUUAUGAUUCAUGAUUUUUCUUCCUCAUUUACUUUUAAACUCUUAGAUGAUUAGAUCAAUUGUGAAAACAAAAAACUAGGCUACUUUUAAAGUUACAACUUUAGAUCAUUGCUAACAUACACUUGUAUUGCUACAUUGAUGUAACAUAGUUAUAGGCUAGUAGUAUUUUUUGUUGUUUAGAUU